CUGUUCUCCUCUCUUCCUGUUCCAUUCACUCUAAAGACACUCUCCUCUCCAUAUUAUUAUUCUGUAUACUCACAGCGAUGAUCCCACGGGAUUCCCGCUGCAUCGUUCUUCGCCUGUGCUUGCACACCCUCCCCCGCGUCUCCCUGCUUGGGACUCGUCUGCUUCCGUAAAGGGCUCCGACUUGACGCUAUUCGUUCUCGUCUCGAUUAUCUAGACUCGACUCGCCCUGUAUCCCUGUCACCUAUCAUUCCUUUCCACCAUAUUCAACGACACAAUCAGAAUGGCGCUUCGAGACAGAGUUAAACGAGUUUUCCGCCGCUCCUCCCUCACGGCCGCCCCCAAGACCAACCGGAAUGGCAUCAAAAUCGAAUACUACCGUCGCAAUGAGGUUCCCAAGUCGAAAUUCAAGGGGCCGUUCGAUCCAGAGCACCAAAAACAACUGGCAGCAUGGUCUUUCCAGACGGCCACGGCUGAGCGUCCACGUUCGCAAGAUCUUUCACUCUCCCCGUGUACCUCGUUACCCGACUACAUGAGACCGCCGCAACAAAAUCGACCCCAGGAGGAUGAGGAGGUUGCCCCGGAUCAAGUGACAGAAGAGCCUGCUCCGGAUGCAGAUGUCAUGGACACCUCUCCUACUGUCACUCAGGUUGAAGACACCCAACGCCAGGCGGAUGGGGGUUCGCAAUCUUCCACCAUGGUCAAUCCCGAUAGUUACAGCGGUUCGAUGAUGACCCUGCUUCCCGAAAACCACCGAGACGGUUCGAUAUGCAACAUCAAGGAAACCGUUCGUUACACUUCUCCCGUCUUACGAACCGCAUCUCCCCCGCCCAUGUCGCCCAAGAGUGCCGCCUACAUGCCAUUCUCUCCUGACGAUCUGGCACGAGCGUUGAACGCAGUGCAGAUCUAUUAACCAAUUACAUCCUUUUAUUUGUGACAUUAUCAACCAUUGGCAUUCCCGCGGACACUGGUGUACGCUGUAUUCCUUUUACGACUGAUCUGUCCGACUUCGAACUCUGGGCAUUAUUUUUUAUGACUUACUGUACCGCUUCAGAUCCGGUAAAGGCGUGAACUGGCGUUGCUUGCAUUGUUUGUCGUUUGACAAGCACCCCUUGGCUUUUUGUUUGCUUUGCUUUACUUUGCUUACGCAUGCAUUCGAGCGUGUAUACCCGUGAUGGAUUUUCUUUUUGUUUCAGUCAUGCAUGCAUGGUCCGAGUCGACCACUGCCACGCAAUUCUCUUCGCUGUAUCUAUGCUGCUAGAAUUUAGAUCGUACUUGAAUUUACACAUAUAUCUUCAAGAAUUAACAUUACCC